CUAAAUAUCUUGUGUUCUCCACUAUGUAGCUUUUCUCAUAUUGUCAACAUAAGAAGCUACUACAUUGGAAUCACAAUGAAGAGAAAUUGUUACUUUAAUUCAUUAUCUCAAAAACCAAUGAAUGAGGAGUCGAAAGUAAACAAACAUCUUGUUAUCAUUUCUCAUGAACUUCAUGAAUUUGAUGAUAAAGAAUUUCAGGCCCGAGUGAUAAUAUGGUUGGCAAAUCAAGAAAUGGAAGGAAGGAAUGGUAGGAAAAAAAUUCCUCCAACACUAUCACUUUCAUUGCAACCUCAAGUGUUAUUAAUGCAUGCUUCACAUGGCUUUUCCAUAAAGCAGUCACUUCAAAUUUUCCUUCAGAAGAGAAAGAGAAGGAUUCAAAGUCACGCCUCUAUUAUAACGUGUCGUGAUAGUAAUGGUGCUACAAAUUAGUGAAGUGAUUGGAAUCAAUUCAUGUGUUCAUAAUUUGUAGUAGGAUAUAAUUGAAGCCUAUGAGUGUGUGUAUUUUAGCAUAUUUUUAAUUGAUGUAGCCAUGACUAGAUGGUGACAAUUAAUGCACGUUUUUUAUUUUUAGUAUGAAUGAAGAAUAUUAACGCUUUCAGUCUACUACUAGAAUCUAGAGCAAUGAUGCAUAUGUGCAAAAUGUGGAUCCGUCGCAUUCAAUAUAUUUUUAUA